AUGACCGUGCCCCGCCUCUCUACCCUCACGGCGCUCGACACCCUGACGCAGCGCCAGAACCAACACACCCAACCCGCGAUGUCGCAGAGUAACGGCACCUCUGCCAACACUCCCGCUGAACCUGGACCACGUUACACUUGGAUCGGCUUCCGGUUCUCGCGCGCACUGACGCUGCGCGAGCGCCGCCUCCUCCACAUCGUCAUCGAGGACAGACACAUGCUCCCCGUCCCGGACCCAGCGGUGAAGAAUGCGCACGCAGAGCUUUGGUUCUACCUUGGUGACACAGGCGGAUUUGACGCGGACCAGGUCUGUCGCGGUGCCAUGGCUUGGGCCGCGAUCAAUGUACCGGAUGUGGAUUGCCAGUACAACAUUUUGUAG